AAGCUGUACCCUGUCAUAUAGUUUAAAGAGAACACAAAUAUUAGAUAAAACAUACGAUAAGAUUAGGACAGCUUAUAAUUGGAUGUUGGGACAAGAUAAGCGUCAUUCUUUGUGAAACAUAGGAUAAAACGAGUUGCAAGAUGCCAGGUUACAAAUGGGUCCACCGAACCGCGGAGAGGAGUUUGCCUGAAAAUGCAGUUGUUGGAGGACGAGACAUUGACGGAGACACCAUAUACGUCGGCAGAGCGUUUCACGAAGGCGAUAUGCUUCCGGCGAAAGUGAUUCCCAGUAAACGUGUUGCCUACAUAUGCCACAACGGAGAGGAACACUCUAAACAUGAAUUCGACAUUCUGUGCCUGGGCGAAUUUGAAUGGGAGUUCUGCAGCAACGGCAGCGUUCCAAGUAAUGCGGUAGUCGCAGGUCAAACUACCGAUGGAGAGCCUCUGUAUGUCGGCCGUGUUCUCCAUAAUGGAUCCCAAACAAUUGGCAAGGUCCAACAAAGCCACGGCUGUCUCUACAUUCCCUUUGAUGGAGAGGAAUUGUCCUUCAAAGACUACGAAGUCCUCGUACUUAAUUAACUACUAUAAAACUAUGCUUACGAUCGUUGUAAUGUACGUGCAAUACAUGAUUGAUGUUUUUUAUUA